UUUUAUUUUUAUUAUAAUAUAGUAUAUUAAUUUAUACUAAAUAUAGUUUAUUAAUUUAUACUAAAAAAAUAUUAUUCAAUUUUGUAAAUAUUAAAAAAUGGCAUGGACACAUUAUCAAUGUAUUCUAGCUAUGCUUAUGGUUGUUACUGGAUCUUUUAAUACAAUAUCCGUAAAAUAUGCAGAUGAACAAAUUGUACCAGGUGAAGAUAAUCAGCCAAGACAUUUUAAUCAUCCUUUUAUGCAAUCAGCUUUUAUGUUUAUUGGAGAAAUGAUAUGUUUUGUAGUAUUUAAAAUACUUUAUCAUUAUUACAGUUACAGAGGUGAUAAUUCUGUGGAUAAUAAUCCUUUAACCAAAGGUUCACAUAUAUUUAAUCCUUUUAUUCUAUUGAUUCCUGCUUUAUGUGAUACAUGUGCUACCUCUAUUAUGUAUAUUGGACUGACUAUGACAUAUGCAAGUAGUUUUCAAAUGCUUCGUGGUGCUGCAAUUAUAUUUACAGCUAUACUUUCAAUGGGUUUUCUUAAUAGAAAACUAGGUAGUAGAGAAUGGAUUGGUAUAAUAAUGGUUAUAAUUGGUUUAGCUCUUGUUGGACUCAGUGAUAUAACUAUGGAAAAAUCAUAUAUUAGCACAAAUUCUAUUUUAACUGGUGAUUUACUUAUUAUAUGUGCUCAGGUCAUAACAGCUGCUCAAAUGGUGAUAGAAGAAAAAUUUAUAACAGGACAAAAUAUACCAGCAUUGCAAGCAGUUGGAUGGGAAGGUAUAUUUGGAUUCAUUACUAUAUGUAUUAUAAUGAUUCCUCUUAAUUUUAUAUAUGUUCCACCACCAUUUGCUGACAAUUCCCAAGGAACUCUUGAAGCCACUCAUGAUGCAUUUAUUCAGAUUAAAAAUAGUGGUCAUUUAUUGAUGGCAAUAUGUGGUAUGUCAUUUAGUAUAGCUUUUUUUAACUUUGCUGGUAUUAGUGUUACUAAAGAAAUAAGUGCUACCACAAGAAUGAUUUUAGAUAGUAUUCGAACAGUUAUUAUAUGGAUUAUUUCUUUAGCAUUUAGAUGGCAAGCUUUUCAUUAUUUACAGCUCAUUGGUUUCACUAUUUUGCUCAUUGGAAUGUGUUCUUAUAAUAAUAUUGUUAUUCCUCAAUUAAUAAGAAAAUGUGGAUAUCGCCUAGGUCGUCAUAGACCGCCAGCAAAUGAUCGUGAACGCAUUAUUAAUACAGCAGCAGAUGACAUUUCUGAAACUCAAUAAUAUUUACUUUUAAAUAUUUAGAUAUUCAUUAUUUUAUAUUAUUGAAAAUUAUUUAGUUUUUCUAACAAAUAGUAAAAA